GUUCACACCGUUAGAUUAGAUUUUCUUACAUCAUCAGCAUCGACCAAACACGUGUCUCUAUUUUCACUUACGAUCUUACCUUGUAUGUGUUUAAAAACCCUAAUCUCCUCAAAACACCAUCAGCCAUCGUCAAACCACUUCUCAUGUCUCUCAUUUCUCUCUUAGGCUCCGGAAUCCGUUUUUUGUAUCAACACCCUCCGUCCUUCCCCCAUUAACAUUCACGUGCUUACCUAAAUCUUCUUCCCUCUCAACAGGAUGAUCAAUUCACAGGAAAACCCUACACGAAGACAUCUAUGUUGUAUACAUGCUCCCUUCCCUCACCCUGUCGACGAUGUGUACCCUCAUCCAACUCGAACCUACAAUCAUUAUGUAUACAUACUUGAACAGGUGAGUGAGUUCAAAGCUCCCAAAUCUGUUGAACCAAAUUCACCCAAAGAUCAAUUUCAGUGGCUUUACACUAAUGGAUUGCUUGGUAUUAUAUUUUCAUUUGGACUUCUAUUCACUGCAUUAAGAAGUAGGAGAGCAAGAUCCUGGUUGUAUGGAACAGGGUGUCUUAGAAGCUUCAUAGUAGACUAUGGGGUUCCAUUGAUGGUUGUAGUUCUCUAUAUCCAACUCUUAUGGGAUUUUGAAUCUUUAUACCAUUGGACUGUAAUCAAGGACAUGGGCAAGGUUCCUCCAGUUUAUAUCUUGGCUGCCUUCAUCCCAGCAGUUAUGAUAGUUGGGCUCUAUUUAUUUGACCAUAGCAUUGCAUCAAUGAACAAAGAUUCAUCAACUUUUUACAAUUUAUUCUCUUAG